AUGUCCAUGUGCUUCAUGAAGAAACCCUUCCCGACUCACCCGGACUAUUAUAGGCAGGGAGACCACAUUAUUGGUGCGAUCCUCUCUCAGGUUAUUUCGAUGCUUGACCUGGAGUCCUUCCAGCAGCCUCCCCAUCCUUGGUACAUUAAGUACUUCAUGCUCCUGCCUAAGAACUACCAGCACGUCCUGGCCUUAGUGUUUGCCAUUAAUAAGAUCAACCAGGAUCCCGAGCUGUUACCCAACAUCACACUGGGAUUCCGCAUCUAUGAAAGCUUUUUCAGUGCCAGGAAGACCUAUGAGAGCUCUUUUACCCUGCUCUCCACCAGAAAUGGAAUGAUCCCAAAUUACAACUGUGACACCCAGGACAAGUUGUCAGCUGUCAUCGGGGGGCUUGGGUCUGAAACUUCCCUCCAGAUGGCAACCAUCUUAGGCAUCUACAAGAUCCCACAGAUCAGCUAUGGUUCAUUUCAUGCCAUGCUGAGUGAUAAAUUCCAGUUCCCUUCUGUCUACCGGAUGCUCCCAAAUGAAGAACCUCAGUCUUUGGGACUGGUUCGGUUAAUGCAGCAUUUCCGAUGGACCUGGGUUGGCCUAAUCGCUUCAGACGAUGAUAGUGGAGAAAAGUUUGUGCAGACUUUGAAGCCAAUGCUCAUUAGGAACAGCAUCUGUGUUGCCUUCACAGAACGGGCCCCUCACGUGCCUUCUCCUUCCAUGCUACAUUCCAGUAUCUCCCAGACAAAGGCUGAGGUGAUUGUUGUCUAUGGUGACACAGACUCCCUACUAGGUUUCAAACUGUUUUUACAUACAAACUAUCAAACAGCACUGACACCGAUAGGGAAGGUUUGGAUCACAACAGCUCAGUGGGAUUUCACUUCGUAUAUUGCUCUGAAUAGGUGGACUUUAAAACCCUUCCAUGGUGCUUUGUCCUUCGCAGUACACACAAAAGAGGUGCCAGGAUUCCGAGAUUUCCUCCGAACCCUCAACCCUUACCAACCCCAAGGAGAUAUUUUUAUUCAGCGGUUUUGGCACACUGUAUUUAAUUGUUCAAUUCCCUAUGCUGGCUUGACAAUAAAGGGUGGGAGAAAUUGCUCAGGGAAGGAGGAAUUGGAAAGCCUGCCGGGUUCUGAUUUUGAAAUGAAAAUGUCAGGCCAGAGCUACAGUAUCUACAAUGGUGUCUAUGCUGUGGCACAUGCUUUACAUGCCCUGUACUCAUCCAAAUCCAAAAAGGAAGCCACGGGGAAGGGACAUCUUCUGGAGCUUCAGAAUAUCCAGCCAUGGGAGCUACAUCCUUUUUUGAAAAAUGUCAGAUUUAACAACAGUGCCGGGGACAAACUGUAUUUUGAUGAGAACGGUGAAUCAUCAGCUGGAUACAACAUUUUAAACUGGAUUGUUUUCCCCAAUGAUUCCUUUGUCAGAGUGGAAGUGGGCCACAUGGACCCGCGGGCUCCUGUAGGUCAAGAGUUCACCAUUAAUGAGAGGGCCAUCGUUUGGAACAGCAGAUUCAAUCAGACAGUGCCACGGUCCAUGUGCACUGAGAGCUGUCAUCCUGGAUACUUUAGGACAGUGCGGGAAGAGGAGCCACUUUGCUGCUAUAACUGUGCUCCAUGUCCAGAAGGGACCAUUUCAAACCAGACAGAUGCAGAUCAUUGUAAUAAGUGCCCAGAAGAUCAGUAUCCAAACAGGGAUCAAGAUAAAUGCAUCCCCAAGAUUAUGGAUUUCCUUUCCUAUGAAGAACCUUUGGGUUUUAUUUUGGCUUCUUUUGCUCUUUUAUUUUUUCUUCUCACAGCACUGGUGCUAGGAAUGUUUAUUAAGCACCGGGACACUCCCAUAGUGAGGGCCAACAACCGGGAGCUCAGCUAUGUUCUUCUCUUCUCCCUCCUGCUCUGCUUCCUCUGCAGCUUGGUAUUCAUUGGCCGACCUGGCCGGAUGACUUGCCUUCUCCGACAAACGGCUUUUGGUGUCAUCUUCUCUGUCUCUGUUUCUUCCGUGCUGGCAAAAACCAUCACUGUAGUUCUGGCCUUUAAGGCCACGAAGCCAGGAGCCAGCAUGAGAAAGUGGCUGGGGAGAAGACUGGCAAGCUCCAUCGUCAUUUCCUGUUCCCUUAUCCAAGUUGGGAUCUGCGCUGUCUGGCUGGGAACCACUCCCCCAUUCCCAGACCUGGACAUGAAAUCAGAAGCUGGACACAUCUUAGUGCAAUGUAAUGAGGGGUCAAACACCGCCUUCUACUGUGUCCUGGGCUACAUGGGCUUCCUGGCCAUUGUCAGCUUCACGGUUGCUUUCCUAGCCAGGAAGCUGCCUGAUACUUUCAAUGAGGCCAAGUUCAUCACCUUCAGCAUGUUGGUGUUUUGCAGCGUGUGGGUCUCCUUCAUCCCCACUUACCUGAGCACCAAGGGGAAAUACAUGGUGGCUGUGGAGAUCUUCUCUAUCUUGGCCGCUAGCGCUGGGCUAUUGGGCUGCAUCUUUAUCCCCAAAUGCUACAUCAUUGUGCUGAGGCCUGAACUGAACACCAGGGAGCAGCUAGUUAUGAAAUCCAAAUCUGGGACUCAAGAAUUAUGA